AUGAACCGCACCACCAAAAUUGAAUACCUACUAAAUGAGGCCACCAGCAGGUGGUUAUUGUACUGGGAGUGUUUCUUUAAAAUGUAUCUGCCUAUGAACAAAGAAGUGUAAAGAAACUCUUCAAGCACCAUAACCACUGCAGCCAUUUGUGGAAAAAAAUGAUUUAGACUGCCCUCAUUAUGCCCCCUCAUAUGAGCGUUUGGUUUAAGUGAAAAAAUAAAGGUUAUGUAUAAAAAUUGUCUUCUUAUGGAAAGCUAUCUAAAGUGAAACCAGAGGGCACAUUGCACUUAUUUUCCAAGUUUGCACUUCAUAUCAGAACACUUUUUAUUUAUUUUUUUAUAAAUCACCCACAGCGCUCCUGGAAACGUGCUGGGGAAAAAUGAAAGAAAAAAAACCACACCAUAAGUAUGCUGUGUGGGUGUAUGCCUGCGACUGCCAGUGGAUUUGGUUGGUUACUUUCUACAAAAUGGAUACUGUUGAUUAGGACUACAGUUCCCUGCAACCAUUGCGAAUCCUACAGCCUUGUCCGGAAGUGACAUCACGAUAUCGGCUUUAAAUACGGUUGGUUGCGAGCGUGACGUUCUCUUGUCAUUGGUGCCAUCUUAGGAAGGUAAGCUUUGCCGUGUUCUUGCUGGAUGUCUGGCCUACUUACAAUCUUGUUCAAUCCUGGCUUUACCGAAGUCAUCCUUACCGAGAAUUAACUUUAUUUCAUUCUUUAUUCACAGGCUUAUCUUCUCAAGAUGAGAGCCAAGGUAAGAAACGAUUUUUACCGCUUCCAUCGGGGUUGGUUGUUGGGCGAUAAUUAGGCCUCUUUGCUGCUUUGUUCUUUCUUGUGGAUGGGUGUGUUUGUUUCAUAGGUCUAGCUGUGUUCCAGAACGUCUGAACGUAUAGAAUGUCUGAUGGUCGUGAUUAUACUGCAUUCUGUGCCGCAUUUUUCAGCUGUAUAUCUGUAGGAGCAUAUUUGCAUCUCCUUUCUUUAUAUAACAUGGCGUCACAUGAUCUUUCACAAUUAAUUAAAUCGAAGCCUGUUCUUUACGUGAAAGCUAGUCACAGGUCGCUCCUCAGGCUCUAACGCUUUGUGCCCUAUAUGGAGCAUUACUGCCCCUUCAGCUGUGUAUUGUUUGCCCAGAAGGACAUUUGGUCACAUGGCAGUCGUCUUACUACACUAGAAGCACCAGAUUAAAGCCAUUAUCUGGUGGGUGCUUGUCCAGAUAUAGAUCACCUUCAAGAAGGGGGUGGGGGGGUAAAAAAUCUUAUGAUUUGUUUCACUCUUGCUGCAAUGCAGCAGUCCCUUCCUUGAAAUGGUGGACUGCACUGACCCAAGUCCAUUUCAACACUAUCAAUUCCUUUACUCUGCAAACGGCUUCUAAAUUGCAUUUUUAAAACCUGGACCAUUUGGCUUGGUCAAAUCUGUGAAACUAACUGUAACAUUAUUAUUUUUUUUUUUUUCUCCUUACAGUGGAGGAAGAAGCGUAUGCGCAGGUAUGUCUACUUCAUAAAAACGUGCUACUGAUAACUUGUGUUAAUCUAUGUUCUAUAUUUUAAAAUAGCUUAAAACUUCCACUGGAAGGUAAAUAUUCAGUCUUUGCAAGUAAAUACAACCUUACGGUGAGUUUGCUGUUGACCUUAGUCUAACAGCGGCGGAUGACUAUCCAUGCCUGUACUAAAUUUUUUUUUUAUUUAUUUUUUUUAAUUUUGAGCCCUGUUUAAAGCACAGACUUAAGGAACAUGAAGUACUAGACAGGCAUGAUGGCUUUUUCUAUAUCUAUGCAGAAACUUAAUGUCUGCAUGAAUUGUCCCAUGUGGACACUGGAUCUGUAUAGAAUUUUCUGAUUUUGUUUUCAGAGGGUAUAUAAUGGUAGGCCUGGUUUUGGGCAUAUAGAAUAUCCAUGUAACGUAGCUACAAUUUUUAGGAAACUCCCUUCUGUAGUUUAAACUACAGAUUUUGAGCUUUUUCUUUAGUUCUUAAGUAAACAUGACCUGUUAUGAACUGCUUUUCAGAAAAGUCUGAACUUGAGAAUCUGACCGAUGUUAUGGCCAAAUGCUCAUGUAUGUCAGGAAUAUAGAAAGUACAUCAGAAUAAAGCUGGCAUCUUACCUAAAAAAAAAACUGCUUUAUUCUGUUGUAAUUGACCUUAAUUGCAACUUUGAACUCAUAUGAUCCAUGGCUUACAAUUUGAAAGGGAUAAUCAAACAAAAUAAAUGAUGUAAGCAGUAAUUUGCUAUUGGCUUAUUUGAUUGAAAAUAGAAAUCCGCUUGAAUACUUCCUGUUAUUGGCUGUCUAGUUCAGUGGGGAAAAAAAAUUUAACACUCAAAGAAAAAUUUAAAAUUUCUUUGAAAAUUAAGUUAGACCAUAUAAACUAGUAUUUUUGUAUGGAUAGUAAUAUUAUUUCUCUUCUAGACUGAAGCGUAAGAGGCGAAAGAUGAGGCAGAGGUCCAAGUAA